GUGUCAGGUCCCAGCCAGGCACUGACACUCUCCCAGCCAGGCCAGGACACUGCCAGACAGGCACUGACACUCUCCCAGGCAGGCCAGCCAGGCACUGACACUCCCAGGCAGGCCAGCCAGGCACUGACACUCUCCCAGCCAGGCCAGGACACUGCCAACCAGGCACUGACACUCUCCCAGCCAGGCCAGGACACUGCCAGCCAGGCACUGACACUCUCCCAGCCAGGCCAGGACACUGCCAGACAGGCACUGACACUCUCCCAGGCAGGCCAGCCAGGCACUGACACAUCCCAGCCAGGCCAGAACACUGCCAGCCAGGCACUGACACUCUCCCAGCCAGGCCAGGACACUGCCAGCCAAGCUAGCCAGGCACUGACACACCUCUCCUCACUACUGCUGGUAUUAUCAUCAUCUGCCAUUAUUACAGUCAAGUAAGAGUACCAGGAUGGCACCCAAGGUACGCACUGUGAGGCUGCAUACUGGACAAGAGAUGCCAAUCAUUGGCAUUGGUACAUGGAGGGCACGUGAUGAAUUCCGAGUGGUAUUAAGUGAGGCUCUUGAGUUUGGAUAUCGUCACAUUGACACUGCAACCAUGUACGAGAAUGAACAUAUUAUUGGUGAAGAAUUGGAUAAGUUGUUUAGCAGCAGAAAACUAAAGAGAGAAGAUGUCUUCAUCACUGCCAAGCUACCUAUGAUUGGAAAUCGAGAGGAGAAUGUACCAAGAUUUCUACAGAAAUCAUUAGAUAAGUUGCGGCUGACUUAUGUCGAUCUGUACCUAUUUCACUUUCCAUGUGGCAUGAAAGGUAAGGAUGACGAUGACAUUUCUCCUAAGGACAAUGAUGGUAAUGCUGUUCUUGACGUGAACACCAACCUUGAGGGAGUCUGGAGAGCCAUGGAGGCUCAGGUUGAUGCCGGAAAGGUUAAAGCAAUUGGACUUUCAAACUUCAACAGUCAGCAAAUUGAGAGAAUUGUUAAAGUGGCACGGAUUCAACCAGCUGUCUUACAAAUGGAGGUUCAUGCAUAUCAUAUGCAGAAAAAAUUGAGAGGUGUAUGUAAGAAGUUAGGAAUCCCUGUUUGUGCUUUUGCACCUCUAGGAGCUCCCUACAAAAAAUUGGGAACCAGUGAAUAUCCAUCUCUUCUGGAGCAUCCAGUAGUGACGAAAAUUGCCAAGAGCCACAAUAAGAGUGCUGCACAAGUUCUUCUACGCCACUUGGUUCAACAUGGAAUUAUUGUUAUUCCCAAGCCAGACAAUACAGAGCACAUUGUACAAAAUAUUCAGAUUCUGGAGUUUGAAUUGAGCGAAGAAGAGAUGACGUUGAUGGACAGUAUUGACCGAGGUGGUGACGGCAGGAUUUCUGACUUCCUUGUAUUUCCCAGGAUCGACAGACACCCAGAGUAUCCAUUCCACAUUCCAUUUUAAUGAUAUAGAAAUGUUUCGUGUUUACCAUUUUGAGAUGAGUUAUAGCAUUGUUGAUUAUGGUAAUAAUAUAAUAUGUCUGAUGCUAA